AUUUUGUUUAUUGAAAAUACUAAAAUUUUACGGAAAAUGUUAUUCUUUUAUAUAUAAGUGAAGCUAAUAUCUUAAAAGUCUGCUGAAAUGUUGACUGACCCUCACAACUAUCAUUUGAAAAAACACAUGAAUAUUUAUGGAAAAGCUAACUAUUCUAUCAUACUUUAACGGGAAUUGAUGGAAAAAUACUAGUAACUAUUGUCAUCUGCUUUUAUCGUGAUCCCUUUACCAUUAUUCCUCUAUAUUUAUUAACUGGCAACUACUCACUGUGUGUUGAUCAAGGAAUAUAGUUUCCUUGGUGUUGUUCUUUUAAAACAAUAAAUAAUUACAAUUAAGGAAUCUAAAGACACGUUUACACACAGUAAUAAUGACUGAAGAAACUGAAGAACUUCCGUCCUCCAAAUUGGGAACAAAAGAAUAUUGGGAUUCUGCUUAUAAUCAUGAGUUGUCGAAUUACAAGCGUAAUGGAGACAUUGGGGAUGUCUGGUUUGGUGAAGAAAGUAUUGAACGAGUUGUAACUUGGAUGCUGGAGUCAGCUUUGGUGAACGUACAGUCUUCUGUGGUUGAUUUGGGCUGUGGAAAUGGUGCUUUUCUCUUAUAUUUGAAUGCAGAAGGCUUCACAAACCUCACUGGGAUUGAUUACUCACAAGAAGCAAUAGAGUUGGCAAGGACUAUUGCGGCUGAGAAGAAAGUUAACAUCAAAUAUGAGCAAGUUGACUUGAUAAAUGAUGAAGACAAAGAAAAAAUAAAGACCAGUGAGUUUGAUGUGACCCAUGAUAAGGGAACUUAUGAUGCAGUCUCUCUCUGUCCGGAGGACCCUAAGAGCAAGAGGUUAUCUUAUAUCAAGGCUGUACACAGGAUCACAAAGGAAAAUGGUCUGUUUAUCAUAACAUCUUGCAACUGGGUUCAUCAUGAAUUGAUUGAACAUUUUAGUGAAUACUUCAGUAAAGAGCACAUCAUCCCCACUCCAACAUUUAAGUUUGGAGGUAAAGUUGGUACUCAAGUAACCUGUAUCGUCUUCAGGAAGGUGUCCAAAUAAAUGUGAUUCCCGUAGAAGAGAUAGAGUUUGCAGAUGCAACACCUGGAUUUGUAGGGAAGUUAUAUCAAAGCAGUACUGUUAUGUGUUGAGUAUAGUAUUACCUUUUAAUGCUGAAAUAAUUAGUGAGCAGCCAGUCCAUUAUAGGGAGGUUUUCCAUAUAAAAUGAAUUCCAAAAAUUCAUCCAGUACUGAACUUUGCUCAGUAUAGUAUAUAUGAAUAAGUUAGGUAUUUUUAGUCCAGAUAUAGUAUAUAUAUCCUUCAAAGUCCAGACAAUUUUGGGAAAAAGGGGGUCCGACUUUCCAAUUGUCCAGACUUUGUAUUUUAAUGUGCAAUAAAUGUCAGGGGUGUUGGUGAUACAGUAGUAAUGCUUGUAACUCUCACCAAUAUGUCAAGGGUUUGAUCCUCGGCCCAGACACACAUGAGAAGGGUGCUAUCCGGUGUGACCCUACCAAUCCUUACAUAUAGGUUUCCCAGUCUCCGGUUUCCUCCUGUAGUAACAUUGGAUAUACCAAUCGCCUGAAUGGCUAUAAGCUAUUAACUGGCAAAAAAAAAAAGAAAAAAAAGAGGUAAUUUCUUUCCUGAGCUGAUGUGGUGGUGGGACUUUUUGUUGCUGCACUCAUGUUUGUUUUUAUUUAUUUAUUAUAUUCUUGUGUAAUCAGCCUCUUAUGGUGUACAGUGGUCUCUCGGUUAACGAGCUCAAUCCGUUCUAGAAGGUUGCUCGUUAACCGAAACCAU